AUGACGAACAUCAAAGCGACAACGAUCCAGACCACGUCAGCGCACACCCACGCCGUUGUCUUCCUCCACGGGCGCGGCGACGACACCGACAACUUCAUCAGAGCCCUGGAUCACUCCGCCGGCUCGCGCGGCCUCUCCCUCUUUGGCGCGUUCCCCUCCUUCCGCUGGGUCUUCCCGCAGGCGCCGACGCGCCGCUGCGCCUCCGAGCCGCAGCAGACCUGGCCGCAGUGGUUCGACGUCUGGGACACGCGCGACUUUUCCGCCCGCGAGGAGCUGCAGGCCGAGGGGCUGCGGGAGGUGGUGCCCGAGAUCCGGAGGAUUCUGGCGGAGGAGGCGGCGGCGCUGGGCGGCCGCUGGGACCGGGUCAUCCUGGCGGGCAUCAGCAUGGGCGCCGCCACGGGCAUCCACACGCUGUUCAACCUCGACGUGCCGACGGCCGAGGCGAGGCUGGGCGCGUUCCUCGGCUUCUCGUGCAGAUGCCCGUUUGCGGGGCGCGAUCUCGCGGGGAUGCGCGCGGCGCUGGGCGACCUGGCCGACGCGCCGGCGCACAACAAGGUGCUGCAGGGCACGCCGGUGCUGCUGGAGCACUGCGUGGACGACCCGCUGGUGACGGUGCAGAACGGCAGGCGCCUGCGCGAGAUCAUGACGGAGUUCGGGGCGCGGGGCGAGUGGAGGGAGUACCCCAAUGGAGGGCACUGGUUCAACGCGCCGACUGGCAUGGACGAUGCGAUUGCGUUUCUGAACAAGGUAGUGCAACAGACGGCACACGACUAG